AUGUCAUCACUGGCAGUUCGCGUCGACGUCGAUGACGAGGAUCCGCUCGGACGUAUCAUAUACUCCUCAGGCUGGGGCGUGGAUGAAGUGGCGGGGGCAUACAACGACACAUUGCACUGGGCGGAGGGCGGAGGGCUCACCGCGACUUUCAAGUUUACAGGGACGCUCGUAUCGGUCAUGGUCUGCGUAGAGGAGACCAAGGACGGGGGAUAUCCCUCCGCGUCCUUCGUCAUCGACGGGCAGAACUAUGGGACCGUAGCUGCCUCUCCGUCCAGCACGGAGUCAUUGUUCAACAUUACCCUCUUCACAUCGCCGAAUCUCCCGGCUGGCGAACAUACGCUCGUCGUCACCAACUUGAAUGGAACGCGGCCGAACGUAUUCUGGCUCGACCGGAUCUGGUAUAUAUCAUCGGCUGUCUCGAACGCCACUUCUUCAAGCGCUUCCUCCGCAGCGUCGACCGCUGCUUCCUCCGGUCCUAGUCCGAGUCCAGCGUCGUCGUCCCCCAGCUCGGCAUCCCCAUCUGAGACUCCUGCUCCUCCUGCAAUAGGAGUAUCUGGAAGCGGAAGUUCUGCAGGGAGCCACGGUCAAAACCUUGGGGCCAUCAUCGGAGGCUCUGUAGGCGGGGCUGUAGCGCUCAUUCUCCUCGCUCUAGCGGGCUUCUACUUCUUCAAACGAAGGUCUGCUCGGCGUGCGGGACAGCCCCAUAUUACGCCGAUUGAACACGAUAGCCCAGAGGAUGCGCCAUUUGUGGGACAUAGGCCCCAGUUCGCUUUCGCCACACCGUCCACGUCAAACCCCACUGUCCCGUCUUCGUCUUUCCUGGCCAGCGCGAGCAUCGUCUCCUCUUCGGCUACAACGACGACUCUCUCGCCGAGUCGCAGACCAACACAUGGGCGAGAUAACAGCCUUUCUCCGCUUCUGUCCGAGUCACACCCCUCCGACGGCGCCGGCGUAUCCGCCAGUAACCCCUCCGCGUUCACCGAUAAAUCAAACUCGACGCACUCGGAUGCGACCUUCUCGGACGGUGCAGUAAACGACAGCACGAGAUCUCCGCACGAGGAGCCUGACAUGGCUCCUCCGCCGUACGCACCCAGCUAA